AUGCUCGCCUCUGCCUCCCGCUCCCUCCUCAGGGCCCGCCCCCUCGUCGCCACCCCCCUCCGCCCCCAGGCCUUCACCGCCGUCCGAUACUCCUCCGGACACGCCGAAGAAACCUUCGAGGCCUUCAACGCCCGAUACGAAACCUUCUUCAAGUCUGUCACCGACCUCUUUGAACUCCAGCGUGGUCUCAACAACGCUUUCGCCUACGACCUUGUGCCCUCUACCGAGGUCAUCUCUGCCGCUCUCCAAGCGAGCAGGAAGGUCAACGACUAUGCUACUGCUGUGAGGAUCUUGGAGGGUGUCAAGGAGAAGGUCGAGAACGUUGGACAAUACAAGGCGUACUUGGCGGAGCUUGAACCUACAAUCAAGGAGCUCGGUAUCGUGACCUCCGAGGGAUUGUACAACCAGACUCUUUAG